CUUAUGCUUGACAUCACCCUGCAUGAGCCAUCGUCCUGGUUGUUAUGGGUCGUGUAACUGACUCUCCAACUCUCAACAUUCAUUGAUCAUUCACAUUCGCAUUCACUGCAUGGUCCCAACUUAAGGUGAAACUGCGAACCGUCACCAGGUCUUCAACAACCUAUAUAAGUAUCAAGACAAUCCAACUGCAAUACUCGCGCGGGACGAGCCCUCUCAGCCUCGCGACUUCUCCGGGUCGGGGCUCCUCCUACGUCUCCGCUGCCAACGAAAAUGCCACUGCGAAUCUCCCUUAACUAGAUCGCGCAUGGAACCAAAGAGAGGAGUCCUGCACCAUCAACAACCAUGGAGUUUCCAGGCGCGCGUCGAAAACUGAACACCUAUGGCAAAGCAAACAGGAAGAUACUCGUUCAUGAUAUCUUCGGCAUUGGCAAUGAGUCGAGCCAAUCUACAACCGCGUCGUCCACCCUCAGUUCCUUGGGCCAACCUCAACCGCGCUCUAGUCAUGCCCUGACACCGCGAGUGAAACGGGAUACCGUGGCUACCAGCACGACAAGAUACAUUUUGGGGGGUUUCGAGGAGAAGAGCAACGUUGUCACGACUAGUACAAAUACCUCAGCGCGUUCAUCAUCGCGAGAAAAGUCGCCCUCGGCCCUCUUCGAGAUCCAGACCUCUGAUGACGACUCCUCGAGGCCUCAAGGGGCGAAACGACCGUUGAAGAAACGGAAGGCUGGAUCUACAAUGACAAUUCCAACGGUUGGCACCAGUUUGAAGACGCUUGACAAAGGAUCAUUGUUCAGGACUCAGUCAGGUGAUCAUAAUAGGGUGGCGCGAAAACAGGGCGAAGCCGACGAGGUGCUCAGAGGGCAGGCGAUACCGCUGGAAGCAAGUCCGGCACCGAAACCAAAGAGUCAGAUUUCUAAGAUGAAGCCAACUGUCAAAGCGUCCGCGCCAACACCAGGGAAGCCACUAACUACACGAGGAGCGCCCUCAGGGUCAUUGGCCAUGUCAAAGAAAGCCGCCAAUAAGGGCUUACGUGUUGGGAGUGAUUCCUCAGCACAAGUUUCGGAUGACUUGAGCACGAACUUGGUAUCACGUCAAAGCACUCCAAAGAGAAGGCGACUUGCUUCGGAAGAUGGCAGCAUUGAUUCACCAAGCCCAUCUGACCUUCAGAUGACCGCUCUCAGAUUGACCUCGGAUGCACAUCCUCAAGACUUGCAGAUAUCGUCGGAUGACGAGGAAAUGGCAGAUGUGGACCAGACAAGUUACCCGUCUGUACGGACACGCAAACGGCUGGUAGAUAGGUUGGACGCCCCUACCUCUCGGACUCCGGCCAAAUCGGCCUCUAAGAGCUCCCUCCAGUCCAAGCGUACGCCUAAACAAGCCUCCAGUCAGCCGGUUAGUGGCACAAGCUCUCCCGGCAGAGCGGGUGCAGUUCCUCCAUUGGUACGGGCUGAGACGGCGCCCCUGGGAAAGCCCAAUAUUGCACCGCUGGGCCGUCCGCGGGCGACUUACGCGAGGCAACGGUCAUAUUUGAGCGACAUGGUCGACAGCUUGGAAAGCCACGCAACAUCCCUCAGCCAGCCCUCAUCGCAGCAAGACUACUUUUCUCAACGCUCAUUUACUGAUCUCGGAUCUCAGAUGGAUUUUGUUAAUGAGGAUAGUGACGAUGACGAUUUCGCCCAAAUCAAAAGUAUACAUGAAUUGCGGCGCGGCGGCGCCAUCACCAAGUUCGACCUUGAUCUACAGACGAUUGUGGAGGACAUUGAGGCGGACUCGAAGUCAUUGCGUAUACAGGCGCUCAUGCAACUCAACAGUAAACUGGUGGAUUCGACAUUUUGCCGCCAUUUUCAAGAUUCGGGCAUCUUUGUUCGCUUUCUCGACUGCGCAAGGGACAAGCUAGACGACGUGAGCGCGACGCUGAUGGCCCUAAUACUGCAGAAAAUGUCGUCUGCCGAGUCCUCAUCUCCCAAGAGUUGCUUGCUGAUCUGGAAUGCGCUUGCUCGACUGCCUUUGCGUCUCAUUUCGGAAAGCAGGUCGCUGUCUCACGUUGCACGGGACAGAAGCCAGAACCUGUCCAAGUCACUUGUGAGGGAUGUGGUAGACUUCGAUCAGAAGCUGGCCGAAAACGAGGAGCGAUCUAGCUCGGUCCAGGCUAUCUUUGUUCGGUCGCUGGACAGUCUUCUCCGAAGUCUGGUCAGGCAACAGGAAGCUAUUCCUCAACUUCCCCGUGCACUCCUUGACGCGGUUGUUCGCACCCUGGUGAAGAGUGAGGCAGAGCUGCAAAGGCACAAAGAAGUAGAAGCUCGAUCCGAGACCGUCCAGCAAUCUUUAUCGAUCUUGGAAAUCGCCAGCUCGAAUCACCAGUCGCUCGAAUCGGGUCUGUCGAGCGCGCGUAUUGCCGAACUUGGGGAUGCUAUGGCAAGUAUUCUUAGACGGACUCGCCAGAGCCAGCCGCUUCUGGAACAGUCAUGCCUCCGCCUUGUUGUGACGCUCAGCAAUGACGAACCCAAAGUCUGUCAAGCAUUCACGACGCAGCAACUAAUAACCACAGUGUUCGCUGCGGUUGAGGACCGCUUCUCGACUUUGGCCGGGCUUGCUGCUAGAGAGGAAGAAUACGAUGCUGCCCAGCUUGAUUCGGUGAUUCUUGCGUUGGGUUGUCUGUUGAAUCUUACCGAAGGUGCUGAUACGGCGCGGGAGCAGAUGCUGUGCGAGGACACGUCUGGCAAAAGCCUGGUUGAUCGGUUGGUCGAUAUCUUCAACAGCCACGUUGACCAAACAUCCGAGGCCAUGACUAUGCAGCAGACGCAUGUGUUGGUCGCUUUUGGAUAUAUCGCAGCACUGCUCUGCACCUUAUGUCUCAAUACGAAGGCUCGCCAGCGGAUUUCACAAACCAUUACAGGGAAGGGGUUGAGCGAGCUAUUUACCCAGGCCGAUACUUUUCUCCAGCACUUGCAGACGGUUGAGGCUGCUCUGGCCAAAGAUGGAGGAUCUCCAUCAGGAUUUACCAACCGGUUCACCAUGGUUCUCGAGACUAUCAAGCAUGACGAGAUGACAUGAAGGAAAAGACAAUGGCCACGCGGCAAUGAUUGAAUUAUGGCAUGGCGUCUUGGGUCAAUGAAGGUUGGACAUGUCGAGGUUGGAUGGGAUUGCAUACAAACAGGCACGAUACCCUUGACAUAGUUGCUAGAUGGGAUACAAUCGAAUGAUUUGAGCUGUUCACAGGUCUUUAUACCUGGUACGAGAUACCGGGCAAUCGGUCAGUGCCAGUGGUCUCAUCGCCAGGACAGCGGUAUUCGGGACUAGAAGGGCCAUCCGUACCUACCUUAACAUGCAUACCUACAGUACCUAUGUCGGUACCUAGUAGUCUAGAGUGCCUCUCACCAAUUAACUCCGUUCAGGAUGGAGCUGCGCGUAAGGAUCAG